CGUGUUUCGGGGCCACCAUCACGAGGCUCUGGGGACCCACUUCGUCAUGUUCCUCCCCACCCUGUACACCCAGUGUAACAAGGAGCAGUUCAAGAAGUGGGUCCCCCUGGCAGAGUCCUUCAAGGCCCUGGGCACCUACAGCCAGACAGAGAUGGGGCACGGUCAGUUCCAUACAGAUAAUUUAUAAUAAUGAUAAUGUAAUAGCACUAUUUAUACAACAUAAAGUGCUUGUGCAAUUUUUUUAACUAGCUAGCUAAGUAAGUUAUAUGUUUGAAUUAUGGAAAGGAUCAUAGGGAGGCUUAGGGAUGGACAGUUGUCGAUCCUUGAUGUAGGAUUUUCUUUUAAUGUUGUUUACAAAUCAUGGGGUGGACAUUUUGAUUGAAAGUGAUUCCUUGUAGGUGUUUGACAGAUCACUGUAGUUGUUUGUGUAGACAAAAUGUGCCCAAACAGUAGGCAUAACGCAAUAGUUAUUAGCUAAACUGAAUAGCCAAAACUAAUAUGCUGGAUUCAAAAUGUCAUGAUUGCCUGUCUGUUUUCCGAGUCCUCAUAACCUGCCCAAUACCUUGGAAAAGGUGGCAAAAUAAACAAUAGAAGGACAAAAAAAAUCCGUAACAUUGCGCUUAGAAACAAUACAAAACAAUCCUGUCCGUAAGAACCUAAAUGACUCCCAUCUAGUUUUUAGUUUCAUUCCAUUCCUCCUCAAACCCCUUUAUUUCCUCUCCUUCUGCUAGUAGUGGCCUAUUAGCCUAAUGAGUCUUUCCAAGCUUUUGUCAGUUAAUUCUGAUUGCUAUUAAGUCUUGAUUUUCUCCUUACAAAUGAUUAACCCUAACACUGUAGAAUUUUGACGUUUUAAGCAAAUGACCUAACAUUCUGAAUUGUGCAUUUGAGUGAGUUAAAAUUCCUAUGUGGGUGGUUGGAUGGUUGUAGGCCUAAUUGUUUGGCUGUUCGUGAAUUAAUGGCUUGGAUGAAUGAAUAUAGGCCUCAACUAUUGUUCUUGUCUGUCGAAGUCUCAACUCAUAGGGAAGACUCAUGGUGUCCUGCCAAAAAACAUGCAUAUGGGUUGAUUUUCGGAACCCUGAAUAUCCCAUUGAUAAUCUGUAAGCAGAACAAUCUGUGCGAUGUAAAACAAUUUUGGUCAAGCCAGAUGUCUCUUGUUGCCAAUGUUUCACUUCUAUGACGCUGCGAAGUGGACAUUAUUCACGAUCACGUAACCGUGGCAUUUCCAUGACAAUGUUGUACUCUAGGGAGAGUCCAGGACUGGCUGUUCAGAAUUUUCUGUGGGGAUCCAAGGCCUCCUUUUUCAGAGUUCUGUUCUGGUUCACUUCUUCUUAGCAACUCACUAGCUAGGUUUCCAUUAACUUGUCAAGUGAUUUUUGUGUCAACAUUUAAAAAGUUUGCAUAGAAAAUAGAUACAAUUGCCUGCUGUGGUACGUUUCUAUUUUAAUUAGCUUGUGUCAAUAAAAACAGCUGGAUGUAAUGACCUCGCACCUAAAAAGUACUUUUUUGGAAAAACCUAAAAUGUCGAAUGAAAAUGUAGUGGUCGAAGUGUUUCCAUUACCCAUUAAGGCAAAUUGCGCUUUAAUUAAUUGGCAACAGCGCUUAUGCCCUCCCACCUAUCUGUCUCAUGUCUCAGGGAGCCCGCUAAAGCCAGCAUGGAUAGAAUGCAAUAAUUUACUAAUAUUUGCCAUAUUCUAAUAAUUCGCAUGUGCCAACGUAUUGCCACUGUCCGUGCCAUGGUGAAACUUGCACUCCUGUAGAUCGGAAAUAAUUGGAUGGUGAAACUUGCCCGCCAACCAGUAAAAGCAAGGUGUAAGUAAUUCAGGCACUCUUGAAAGUCAGGAUAAUCCUUGUCCUGCAAAUAAAUAUUAUUUUGAUAGUUACGUGACGACGUCACAUGCCCGUGUACCUUCAAAUGUAUGUGGCAAUCAGCAUUUAUUCGAAAAACACUGGUUCCAUCAUUUGUCGCAAUGAAAGUUCGACAAAAUAAAUAUCCAGCCCUGUCGAACUUUGCCGAUCUUUAAAAAAUGUAUCCUAUAUCUAUUAGUAAUAAUUAGGUGGGUACUUACAUUUGUCCUAUUUUGCACAUGUAAAAGUGUACGUAUGUGUGAAUUGGAAAUUAUUAUUUUUUGAAAUGAUUGUUUACGGCCAGGGAUCAGCCAUUAUUGACAGCGACUAUGGCGCAAAAGUGCCUUGCUCAAGGGCACAGUGGCAUAUUUUUUUCACCUAGACGGCUUGGGAAUUCGAACCAGCGACCUUUCGGUUAUUGGCCCAACACUCUUCACCACUAGGCUACCUGCAGUUUCCGUUACACGUAUCGCACAGAUGUUUUUUGCAGACAUUGCUUUUGUCGAAUAAUCCUGGGUCAAUGGAAAACUGCCUAUUGUCUUAACCUUAAAUGCCCUUACAGCUUCUUCACCCUUCCUUAUAAACCUAAAGCAGGGGUAGGCAACCCUGAUCCUGGAGUUUUCAGGCACUUCAUGUUUUUGAUUUAACCGACCUGGAAGACCAGUUGUGUUGAAUUUAGGCAAUCACUGAACUGGUCAAUUAGCUCAAUUGGUCAGGUGUGGUGCAUAGUUGGAACAAAAUCCUGCAGUACAUGUGGCCCUCCAGGAACAGGGUUGCCUACCCCUGGACUAAAGAGUCUGCUUUAAAACUGCAAGUUGCACUGCACUAGUUGGUGGCAUUAGCAUAGAAUAUAAUGUUGACUCAGGGUUGUGUUCAUUAGGGCAUGCAAUGAAAAAACGUUUUACAAUGGAAAACUAAAUUAGCCAUUUCUUAAUGGACCAAGUCCAGUUAGUCCCUUCUUGCGUCAGUUUUCUUCCGUUGGGUGCCUAAUGAACAUGGCCCAGAGUUUGCCUCACAAUUAAAUUGGAAUUUGAAAUAGGUUUUCAGUGAAAUGAGAGUACAGGUUACACUGCUUUUGGAGAUUAACAUGUCAGGCAAAUAAAUGAAAGGUUGCAACAAUCAUGCCUGAGAAGGUUAUUUUGUAUGAAAUAAUUAAAUUAAUACAUAUUUUCUUGAGUCAAGCCCAGUCUAAAUGCAGAUGAUUCUAAUCCGUUCUCCGCAGUCAAUUUGCAUGACUAGCUCAGUUUUUAUUUUUUAUAUUAAUAAUUGCACUUUCCCCUCCAUCCCUUCAUCCAUCUAUUCAUCCAUCCUCUACCCCCAAAAUAUGAUUUACUAACACUUCCAAUCUCCCAUCUUUUCCAACCAUGGCUCCAUUGUCAUGUCCUAUUAAAUGGUCUAUUCUAUGCCUAAAAACAUAAUAUUUUCCUUGGCUAUACCUUAUUUUGCAUGCCCCUCCCAUCCUCCCUUUACCCUCUUCCCCCUUCAAACUACCCUCCUAUCUCCUACCCCCUCCUCUUGCCCCCCCCCCCUUGCCGCUACCCCAGCUGUGUGCACCGUGGGCGGUCAGAGCCGCUGGACCUCCACCUGGGAAUGUUCCUGCCCACCCUGCUGAACCAGGCCAGUCCUGAGCAGGUGGAGACAUUCUUCAUACCCGCCUGGAACCUGGAGAUCAUCGGCACCUACGCACAGACAGAGAUGGGCCACGGUAAAAUGCUGAACAAACCGUACCUGAUCACCAGCCUCCGGUCACCCCCAUGCUCUGUGGAGUGGACGAGAUGCAUGCCCACCCUCUUUGACAUUUGAGUCGAGCCACCAGAAAACUCUCACAUACUCGUUAGGGAAUUUUGCGUAAAAACGUCUCCCCAGAUAAAACGUUUGUGUUGUUAAAGGUCCAAUGCAGCCGUUUUUAUCUCAAUAUCAAAUUGUUUCUGGGUAACAAUUAAGUACCUUACUGUGAUUGUUUUCAAUUAAAAUGGUCAAAAAAUAGCUUCUUAGCAAAGAGACAUUUCUCAAGCAAGCACUGUCUGGGAGUGGUCUGAGUAUGGAGGGGAAUACUCAAAAGUAGCUGUUAUUGACAGAGAGGUUUGGAACUUAUUUACCGCCUGAUGAUGUCACCAGGCAUUCCAAAACUCCAUCCCACCAAAACAGGCUGACAUUUUAGGCGGUCUUUUCAAACAGCUCACUAAAAGGGCAUUAUCAAUAAUUUUCACAAUUUCACAGUAUUAUUCCAACCUCAUAGUGUGGAAAUAUAUAUAAAACACAGGAAUCAUAUUUGUGACUGCACUGGGCCUUUUUUAAAAUGAUAUAAAUAACAAAAAGGGCAUUUCACUCUGGCCUUUUACUCUAACAACUUAAAACCACUAAUACUGGCUGGCUUGGAGAGUGCGUGUUGUGGGCCGUACAGCUUCGCAUGGCUUCCCUUUGGAAUGUGCUCUGCCCCUGGAUCUCACACAGUCUUGUUGCCAGCCACGGUGAACGUGCAUGCCCACUUGUAAAGCACCCUAAGUGACUUCCUUUCCAAAACGGGUACCCUCCACCGCCUCUGUCCCUUUUGUCCCCCUUUACUGUGUUUGGAAGUACAUUGAGUUUAAAGAUAGACAACCUACGUCCUUCGUCACAUGUAUCUGUCAAACCGAUUUAAAAUAAUGAAUCGAGUUAGUGGCGUUAGUUAUAGGCAUACUAUGUUUUCAUUGUAAAGGAAAGAAACAAUCUAUCAGAAUGUUUCACCAUAACACAAAAGUCACUGUAACAUACAGCUGGCUAUUAAUGGUCCCAAUGUUUAAGUAGGCCUACUCCCUCUUAUCAUUGUUCUUGAAGUUUAACACUUGCCCACAAACACACUCAAGUACUUCUUUCAUUCCAAUUUCUAAUUGGAGGGAUGACUAUAGGGGAGGAAAAAGAACUGGCUCUAUGGAUACAAAUAACAUUUUGAACCUGUUCAACAAUGUUAUGAGUUCCACAGAAGACUAACAACAGCUCAGCCAGGUCUGAGUUGAUGUAAAAUAUAAUACAGCUAUUAGAUCUACCCUAGGCUACUGAUCCAUGUUCUUCAUCAACUAGUCACAAGCUGCUGCUACUAGAACUGGGAUCAUUUGCUUAUAUCUUUUGACCUGAUAACUAAAACGGUAGCAAAAUUAACAGCAUAAAAAAUGUCAGGGGUUAACUUUGACAGCCAUAAACCGUACACAUAUUAGUUAUGCGGAUUGUAAGAAAUAUAUUAUUUUCUUUGGUUUUGAUUAUUUUGUUUUGGUCUGUCAAACACCUACAAGAGUUUUUCCACUAUAGAAUAUAAUAACUUUUUGUUUUCAGAUGAGGGAACUGGUUAAAAAACAAAAAUGACAUAAACAAAGUAGGCUACAAAGUAUACCCACUAGACCCAACAAAGUAUAUUUACUGCUGUAAGAAAAAGCUACGUUUGAAGUUGCAGUAUUAUUUGAGAUUCGAUGGCUAGUCUUGUGUCAGUUUUGCACUGCAUAAUAUUUGAAAACAUCAAUGUACUCCUGCCAUAACUUAGUGAUAACUCUCUUUCUUUGGUUUUAUGUGUUGUGUGUUUGGGGGCCUUGGUUUCUUUCUCAUUGUCUAGGCACCCACCUCAGGGGGCUUGAAACCACGGCAACGUAUGACCCGGCCACCCAGGAGUUUGUCAUGAACAGCCCGACCAUCACCUCCAUCAAGUGGUGGCCUGGUGGAUGUGAGUACACUCACGCACUUUAGCUUCAGGGCAUGGUCCAUACACAUACAAUCAAACCAAUCCCCAGUUAAGUCUGUGGACUUUGCUUCUGAAGAAAACACAUCCCACAACAUUGCUGAACAAGAUCAGACCAUUUACUGCUGAUUCUCAUUGUAGUGUGGACUAGAGACUUAAAUGACUUUCAAUAGAAUUAGUUGAAUAGUGAGAACUGACAUACAGUGGGGGAAAAAAGUAUUUAGUCAGCCACCAAUUGUGCAAGUUCUCCCACUUAAAAAGAUGAGAGAGGCCUGUAAUUUUCAUCAUAGGUACACGUCAACUAUGACAGACAAAAUGAGAAUUUUUUUUCCAGAAAAUCACUUUGUAGGAUUUUUAAUGAAUUUAUUUGCAAAUUAUGGUGGAAAAUAAGUAUUUGGUCAAUAACAAAAGUUUCUCAAUACUUUGUUAUAUACCCUUUGUUGGCAAUGACACAGGUCAAACGUUUUCUGUAAGUCUUCACAAGGUUUUCACACACUGUUGCUGGUAUUUUGGCCCAUUCCUCCAUGCAGAUCUCCUCUAGAGCAGUGAUGUUUUGGGGCUGUCGCUGGGCAACACAGACUUUCAACUCCCUCCAAAGAUUUUCUAUGGGGUUGAGAUCUGGAGACUGGCUAGGCCACUCCAGGACCUUGAAAUGCUUCUUACGAAGCCACUCCUUCGUUGCCCGGGCGGUGUGUUUGGGAUCAUUGUCAUGCUGAAAGACCCAGCCACGUUUCAUCUUCAAUGCCCUUGCUGAUGGAAGGAGGUUUUCACUCAAAAUCUCACGAUACAUGGCCCCAUUCAUUCUUUCCUUUACACGGAUCAGUCGUCCUGGUCCCUUUGCAGAAAAACUGCCCCAAAGCAUGAUGUUUCCACCCCCAUGCUUCACAGUAGGUAUGGUGUUCUUUGGAUGCAACUCAGCAUUCUUUGUCCUCCAAACACGACGAGUUGAGUUUUUACCAAAAAGUUCUAUUUUGGUUUCAUCUGACCAUAUGACAUUCUCCCAAUCCUCUUCUGGAUCAUCCAAAUGCACUCUAGCAAACUUCAGACGGGCCUGGACAUGUACUGGCUUAAGCAGGGGGACACGUCUGGCACGGCAGGAUUUUAGUCCCUGGCGGCGUAGUGUGUUACUGAUGGUAGGCUUUGUUACUUUGGUCCCAGCUCUCUGCAGGUCAUUCACUAGGUCCCCCCGUGUGGUUCUGGGAUUUUUGCUCACCGUUCUUGUGAUCAUUUUGACCCCACGGGGUGAGAUCUUACGUGGAGCCCCAGAUCGAGGGAGAUUAUCAGUGUCUUGUAUGUCUUCCAUUUCCUAAUAAUUGCUCCCACAGUUGAUUUCUUCAAACCAAGCUGCUUACCUAUUGCAGAUUCAGUCUUCCCAGCCUGGUGCAGGUCUACAAUUUUGUUUCUGGUGUCCUUUGACAGCUCUUUGGUCUUGGCCAUAGUGGAGUUUGGAGUGUGACUGUUUGAGGUUGUGGACAGGUGUCUUUUAUACUGAUAACAAGUUCAAACAGGUGCCAUUAAUACAGGUAACGAGUGGAGGACAGAGGAGCCUCUUAAAGAAGAAGUUACAGGUCUGUGAGAGCCAGAAAUCUUGCUUGUUUGUAGGUGACCAAAUACUUAUUUUCCACCAUAAUUUGCAAAUAAAUUCAUUAAAAAUCCUACAAUGUGAUUUUCUGGAUUUUUUUUCUCAAUUUGUCUGUCAUAGUUGACGUGUACCUAUGAUGAAAAUUACAGGCCUCUCUCAUCUUCUUAAGUGGGAGAACUUGCACAAUUGGUGGCUGACUAAAUACUUUUUUUCCCCACUGUAGCUAAUGUUAUGAAUCCAUAGAAGUGUAACGGACUCGCUUUCCCUGUCCAUCUUGCUCUCUUCUCCUCUCUCUCUCUCCAGUGGGUAAGACGUCUAACCACGCCAUAGUUCUGGCCCAGCUCCACACCCAGGGGAAGUGUCACGGCCUGCACGCAUUCAUCGUACCUCUCCGCAGUAUGAACACCCACAUACCACUGCCAGGUACUGUACACACUGCUGUGCGUGUGUCAAAAAGAGUGUGUUUGUGUCUGUUUUCCAGUGUCUGUCUGUGUCUCCUAGAUGUAGCUUUGGUGGUAGCCUACUGUCUAGUGAACUCACUCUCUUUCUCUCUCAGGUGUGGUGGUAGGGGACAUAGGACCCAAGUUUGGCUUUGAUGAGGUUGACAAUGGUUACCUGAAAUUGGAGAACGUACGAAUUCCUCGCGACAACAUGCUGAUGAAAUAUGCAAAGGUGAGUGACUGGGCAGUUAAGCACAUUUCAAGGAGACACUGUUCUUUUAUUCUGUUGGUUAGGAUAGAUUCUAAUGCUGUCACAGCAUAGAUGUUAAGGUAUAUUGUAUGCAUAUUCGGAGGGGAGUCUGUGUGUCUGUAUGUGAUGACACGCAAUACUUUCCAUUACACACUUAACUUCUUUGAGUUGAGCUACUUGAUUGUUUGACCAUACAGUGUAUACUUACUAACUGAUUGUCCUAGAACUGUAUACCACAGACCAGUGGUGGUCGGUGCCGUUUAAGAUGAGGAAGGACGAUUUUCUUUUAUGAGCCUUAUUUCUAUUACAGCAUAUUGGAUGACUGUCAUUCAUAUUCCAUUCACCCAGCUCAAUGUAACAUCAAUAGGUUUAGGCUACUACAUGAUACUCCACCUUUCCCUAUACCCAUCAUGAGGUUGCUACAACCUAGCCUAUGAAUGAAAGUUUACAACGUAGGUGCACACAUGUCGAGAGAGAAUUUUGUAAUCAAGGUGACAGACAGUGACACAUUCAAUACCGCCUUGCACACUGUUGCCUGCAUCUAGCUGAUCUAAGGUGUAAUCAUUAGAUCAACAGUGGCAAACGAGAGUUUCUAUUGGACAAAUUCAGGUAUGUUUAUCCCCGUUCCUUUUGCUUCCGUUUAAGAAAUUUUUUUCAACAGAAUCGGUGGAAUGAAUAUACCACUGAUCACACACAAACAGUUCACUUUCAUAGCAGCCACAUACAAAAAGCAUGAUCACUUUGCUUAUUGUAUUCCUUCUCACAUAUUAGUCUACAUAGCUACUAGAACUAACGCUUUAGUAAACUCACUACAAUCAUGCAGUAAGUACAGUGUGCAGUCAGCAAGCAGUUUAACAGUUACACCGGCAGGCCCCAGUGGCAAUAAAUUAACUUGACUUGGAAGAGUUCCAGUGUUGGAUAGCCAGAGCCAGCUAGCGAACAUACAGUGAGGGAAAAAAGUAUUUGAUCCCCUGCUGAUUUUGUAUGUUUGCCCACUGACAAAGACAUGAUCAGUCUAUAAUUUUAAUGGUAGGUUUAUUUGAACAGUGAGAGACAGAAUAACAACAAAAAAAUCCAGAAAAACGCAUGUCAAAUAUGUUAUAAAUUGAUUUGCAUUUUAAUGAGGGAAAUAAGUAUUUGACCCCUCUGCAAAACAUGACUUAGUACUUGGUGGCAAAACCCUUGUUGGCAAUCAGAGGUCAAACGUUUCUUGUAGUUGGCCACCAGGUUUGCACACAUCUCAGGAGGGAUUUUGUCCAACUCCUCUUUGCAGAUCUUCUCCAAGUCAUUAAGGUUUCGAGGCUGACGUUUGGCAACUUGAGUUGAUGCCAAAGAGCUCGAUUUUGGUCUCAUCUGACCACAACACUUUCACCCAGUUCUCCUCUGAAUCAUUCAGAUGUUCAUUGGCAAACUUCAGACGGCCCUGUAUAUGUGCUUUCUUGAGCAGGGGGACCUUGCGGGCGCUGCAGGAUUUCAGUCCUUCACGGUAUAGUGUGUUACCAAUUGUUUUCUUGGUGACUAUGGUCCCAGCUGCCUUGACAUCAUUGACAAGAUCCUCCCGUGUAGUUCUGGGCUGAUUCCUCACCGUUCUCAUGAUCAUUGCAAUUCCACGAGAGAUCUUGCAUGGAGCCCCAGGCCGAGGGAGAUUGACAGUUCUUUUGUGUUUCUUCCAUUUGCGAAUAAUCGCACCAACUGUUGUCACCUUCUCACCAAGCUGCUUGGCGAUGGUCUUGUAGCCCAUUCCAGCCUUGUGUAGGUCUACAAUCUUGUCCCUGACAUCGUUGGAGAGCUCUUUGGUCUUGGCCAUGGUGGAGAGUUUGGAAUCUGAUUGAUUGAUUGCUUCUGUGGACAGGUGUCUUUUAUACAGGUAACAAGCUGAGAUUAGGAGCACUCCCUUUAAGAGUGUGCUCCUAAUCUCAGCUCGUUACCUGUAUAAAUACACCUGGGAGCCAGAAAUCUUUCUGAUUUAGAGGGGGUCAAAUACUUAUUUCCCUCAUUAAAAUGCAAAUCAACUUAUAACAUUUUUGACAUGCGUUUUUCAGGAUUUUGUUGUUGUUAUUCUGUCUCUCACUGUUCAAAUAAACCUACCAUUAAAAUUAUAGACUGAUCAUUUCUUUGUCAGUUGGCAAACGUACAAAAUUAGCAGGGGUAGAAUCCGUUUCUGUUUGAGCCAGGUGUUUGAGUAGGCUAAACUAGCUAGCUGCAUUCGCUAGCUAAGUGAAAGAAAUACAAUGACAAAUAGCUAGCUCCCUCUCUCUCUCUCCACCUUCAUUAAAAAAAAAAUAAUGUUUGUUCAAAGCUGUUCAGCUAUUGUCUUUUCUCUUUAUUUGAGUCAACUACUCACCACAUUUUAUGCAGUGCUAGCUAGCUGUAGCUUAUGCUUCAAGCACUGCCACAAACAGUAUAUAUUCUCCCCACCAGGUGGAGGCAGACGGUACAUACGUGAAGCCUCCCAGUGCCAAGCUGACCUACGGCACCAUGGUGUUCAUCAGGUCCAUGAUCGUAGGGGAAGCGGCCCAGGCCCUCGCCAAGUCCUGCACCAUUGCCAUCCGCUACAGCUCCGUACGGCACCAGUCUGAGAUACGCCCAGGGUAAGUCGUAGCUCUGGACACACCAGGGUGGUGUCGAUUAGGUCACACUGUAGCAAAACGUUUUGAGACGGAAAUCGAAAAUUAGUGAUUCUUAUUGUACAGAUACUACUUUCCUGUGUUUAUGUUUAGGUGAGUUUUCAUCUGUUUGGUGCCUAAUGAACAUGAGCCUGGAAAUACACAUUUACUAAAACAUACAUAAAUAGUCAAAGGAAUACAAAAAUACUCUUACGUAUACUUACACACAUCCAUACACAAGUAACACACUCAGACACAAACAAGAAUAGGAAGCAAAGUACUAUAACCUUUACCAUUAACUAAAUCUAUACUCUACUACUAAUAUUCUAAUUGUUCUGAGAGCUGAUGUAGAAAGACGUUAUAUAGAGUUUGGGUAGAUAUUAGGAAGCGUUACUCAUAUAAUAUCUGUAUCUCAAUGUUCUUCAAAGACUAACACAUGAUAGCAAGCGAACCAUUAACCUUAUAUCUAAGUCUAUAUUCUUAUUGUGUGGUUCCUCCAGAGAGCCGGAGCCCCAGAUCAUGGACUACCAGACCCAGCAGUACAAGCUGUUCCCCCUGCUGGCAACAGCCUAUGCCUACAAGUUUGUGGGUCAGUACAUGAACCAGGUCUACCACCGCAUCACUGGAGACAUCAGCCAGGGAGACUUCAGUGAACUACCAGAGGUACAUACAGUAAAUACUAGCCUGAAAUCCAGAACAUGUUUUGCUAACAUUCCACACCUUGUGUGUCAUGCUAAACAAGGAGUGACAAGGAGUGGAAUGAUAGCUAAACAGACUGGUACCCAGGCUAAGUAAAUACCUCCUCUUGAUAUAGUACAUGGUACAUGACGCAAGAAGGCUGGCUAUGGCCCAGAGUUUUUCCUAACCACGUGACCUGACCAGGAAAAAGGGGAAAACACUGCACUCACUGAAAAUAGUCUUGAAAUGUUUCAUCCAAUUUAAGCGGCAGAAGUCUAAUAGAGGUGUUUUGACAACAGGCUUCGUCUGUGUUAAUUCUUUAGUCUAAGACAUAGGGGGAGGAGGGAGGUGCUAAGCUGACAUAUGGAAUUGUUUUAAGAUGGUCAUACUAUGGAUCAUUUAGCUAUUUUAUUUGGAAUUUUAAACAAUUUAUUUGAUAAAAUAUUGAAUUUGGUCUUUACUACUGAAGCCCAUAGAAACACAUUGAAUAACAUUCAUAAAUGGCAAAAAGGAAAGUUAAAAAAAGAAACAAGGUUUUGAAGUGUCUGUCCUAAAUCUUUUUUUUUUUUACACAUAUUUAACCCCUUUUUUGGGGUAGGCAUAAAACUACCUUCAUACUUCCAUUUGUUUAUUAAAACCGUUACCGGUUACCUUAAGACGAGUUUGUAGCCCAAACGGUUCGGACGCUACCGAACAGAAGUUCACACAUCAACGGUACAGACUUCAGACGUGUCUCCUGACACUUGUAGGGGUUGUAGAGCAAAAUGGAGAACGUGUUCGUGAGAGUCUCCCCUUUCCAUAGAGUGGUUCGGACGCUACAGACGUUUUCGUGAGAAGACCGAUUUUUGUGAUGUCUCAUGGUCUGACAAACACUGUUCUAGUUAAGAUGGAAACGGACUUUAGGGAACUUAAAAAGGAGAACAACCUUCUGAGAAAAGCCUUACUAGACAUCCAAACUAGAUCAAUGAGAGAAAAUCUAGUACUUACGGGUAUUCAGGAAAAAGAGGGAGACGUAACUGAGAAUAUUGUGAAGGACUUCUUUCUUACAGCGCUGCAGAUUCCACUCGAGGCUGUCGAUAAAAUCCAACUCGAACGUGUACACCGUUUCGGACAAAGAGGACAGAAAUACGAGCAUCCAAUCGUUGCCAAAUUUGCUUUUUUUAAGGAUAAAGCAAUGGUUUAAAGCCUAGGUAAAAUACUUGCUGGCACGAAAAUAGGCAUGAAUUAUCAGUUUCCGAGGGAGAUUGCAGAAAGGCUGUGUCAAUAUAACUAUACCCUGUGCCCAUCCUCUGACCUGUGCCCAGCUCCAUGCCCUGUCCGCGGGCCUGAAGGCCUUCACCACAUGGACGGCCAGCGCGGGCAUCGAGGUGUGUCGCAUGGCGUGUGGCGGGCACGGCUACUCCCGCUGCAGCGCCCUCCCAGACAUCUAUGUUAACUUUGUGGCCACGUGCACCUACGAGGGAGAGAACACCGUCAUGAUGCUGCAGACCGCCAGGUAGGUACACACAUGCAGGCGCAAACACACACACACACACACACACACACACACACACACACACACACACACACACACACACACAAAUAUAAGACACAGAUGUGACACACACACAUAGACACACACCCUGAAAUGACACAUUCUUUCCUCGCUGAAUCAAAAACAUCAAUUAGUCACAUUAUACAGCUCACACAAACACACAUUACAAUGUAUUCCAAUACUUGCAAAUCAGGGCGAAUACAAUACCAGUCAAAAGUUUGGACACACCUACUCAUUCCAGGAUUUUUCUUUAUUUUUACUAUUUUGUACAUUGUAGAAUAAAAUAUAUUUUAAAUUUGAGAUUCUUCAAAUAGCCACCCUUUGCCUUGAUGACAGCUUUGCACACUCUUGGCAUUCUCUCAACCAGCUUCACCUAGAAUGCUUUUCCAACAGUCUUGAAGGAGUUCCCACAUAUGCUGAGCACUUGUUGGCUGCUUUUCCUUCACUCUGCCGUCCGACUCAUCCCAAACCAUCUCAAUUGGAUUGUGGAGGCCAGGUCAUCUGAUGCAGCACUCCAUCACUCUCCUUCUUGGUAUAAUAGCCCUUAGGUGUGUUGGGUCAUUGUGCUGUUGAAAAACAAAUGAUAGUCCCACAAAGCCCAAACCAGAUGGGAUGGCGUAUCGCUGCAGAAUGCUGUGGUAGCCAUGCUGGUUAAGUGUGCCUUGAAUUCUAAAUAAACCACAGACAGUGUCACCAGCAAAGCACACCCACAUCAUAACAACUCCAUGCUUUACGGUGGGAAAUACACCUGCUGAGAUAAUCCGUUCACCCACACCGCGUCUCACAAAGACACGGCGGUUGGAACCAAAAAUCUCCAAUUUGGACUCCAGACCAAAGGACACAUUUCCAUUGCUCGUGUUUCUUGGCCCAAGCAAGUCUCUUCUUCUUAUUGGUGUCCUUUAGUAGUGGUUUCUUUGCAGCAAUUCGACCAUGAAGGCCUGAUUCACACAAUCCCAUCAGAACAGUUGAUGUUGAGAUGUCUGUGACUUGAACUCUGUGAAGCAUUUAUUUGAGCUGCAAUUUCUGAGGCUGGUAACUCUAAUGAACUUGUCCUCUGCAGCAGAGGUAACUCUGGGUCUUCCUUUCCUGUGGUGGUUUUAUCAUAGCGCUUGAUGGUUUUUGCGACUGAACUUGAAGAAACUUUCAAAGUUCUUGAAAUGUUCCGUAUUGACUGACCUUGAUGGACUGUCAUUUCUCUUUGCUUAUUUAAGCUGUUCUUGCCAUAAUAUGGACUUGGUAUUUUACCAAACAGGGCUAUCUUCUGUAUACCCCCAUACCUUGUCACAACACAACUGAUUGGCUCAAACGCAUUAAAAAGGAAUGAAAUUCCACAAAUUAACUUUUAAGAAGGCACACCUGUUAAUUGAAAUGCAUUCCAGGUGACUACCUCAUGAAGCUGGUUGAGAGAAUGCCAAGAGUGUGCAAAGCUGCCAUCUAGGCAAAGGGUGGCUAUUUGAAGAAUCUCAAAUAUAAAAUAUAUUUUGAUUUGUUUAACACUUUUGUUUACUACAUGAUUCAAUAUGUGUUAUUUCACAGUUUUGAUGUCUUCACUAUUAUUCUACAAUGUAAAAAUAAAGAAAAACCCUUGAAUGAGUAGGUGUGUCCAAACUUUUGACUGGUAGUGUAGGUCUAGUAUUAAAAAGCUAUUGUGUGAUAUUGUGCCCUGCACAUCAAAGGUAGUAAUUAUCAACAAAGCAUCGAUCUAACUGUCUACUGGUUUUUGGGAGUGUGUUCAGUUAAGCACUGCCAAGUGUGAGGUGUACAAUGGAAAGUAAUUGAAUGGGAGUGAGUGAGACUAGGACCAAAUUAAUAGGUGUGUAUGAGUUUUUGUGUCCUUAGCGCUAGAGCUGGGUGUUCAACCGCAUUUUACUAUAUACCUGUAAUGAUGCACGGACUGGUUUGGAUUUGUACCUUACAUAAUUGUAUUUCAAUGUUUGGUUAAAUGUAAUAUAAAUGUAAUAACUGAGUGAUGAAACUUGAAAAAUGAUUGCAAUCAUCCGUUCUUACCGCCAGUAAGAGCAUGCUUACAGUUGAGAACUGAUCAUUUUCUAGGAAGAGCUUUGGGUGCGCACAUGUAAUUUUGUGCAGUGACGGUGCCAAAAGCGCCUUAGAAAUUGGCACAAUGCCCCUUGUGGCUAAAGUAAGAACUGCCAUGGAAUCCAUUGAAAAUACAUGGUCAGAGAAUAAUUAUUUUCAUUAAGGAAAAGUGACUUUUUCACAAUAGAGGCAUACAAAGACAAAACUGAUAUUUUACCGUGUGAAAAUGAUAACAAAUGAGUGAAGGAAAUUGAUGAAAAGGCUGAAAAUUAUUUUGGGUUUCAUUAUAUAAAACAAUCAGAAGAGAGAAAGCCCCAUUUAAAACCACGUAGAAUGUAUUUGUUGCCACCCUAGGGUCAUGCAUUACUCAUGAAGCAUAUUUAGAAGUUUUUAUUAUUCCAAAACACAAAAUACCGUCAAUUACCAUGAGAAAGAUAUUGUGAUAUAAUAUGUUGGCCCUAUCGCCCAGCUCUACUUUGUGUUCUUGUCUGUGUGUGACCUUUGACCCUAUCCACUGUCUUCCUCACUUGUUUGCAUCCCCCUCUCCCCAGGUUCUUGAUAAAGAGCUACCGGCAGGCGUCGGCAGGCCACCAGCUGAGUGGCAUCGUGUCCUACCUGAACGAGUCAGAGCGUAGGCUGCAGCCCCAGACUGUGUCCUCCCGACCCACUGUAGUCAACAUCAAUGACCUGGCCAGCCUUGUGGAGGCUUACAAACUACGAGCUGCCAAGUAAGUGGGCCUACAAACUCACCAAAAUGUAAUAGUAAUAGAUUGCAUUUAGAUAUUUGGUCUUCACUAAAUAUCAAAGGCCUGUACAUUAUAUGGCAGAGACUUUCAAUCAGAGCAAUGUAUUAGUUGGUGCCAGGCAAUGCAAUGGGUUGCGCUAAAACGUUCCACCAGUCCAGCAAACCAGCACACAGCUAAAUGUACUUGUACUCUAUGGACAGUCAUGCAUCAGUUUCUGUUUAACGGUGUCCUAUGUCAAUGCCCUCUGUGUGUCUUUAGGCUGGUUGAGUUGGCAGCUAAGAGUAUUCAGCAGGAGCUACAGAAGAGGGUCAGUCAGGAGGAUGCCUGGAACAACAGCGCUAUAGACCUGGUCAGAGCCUCUGAUGUAAGUCACCUUACCAACCUGGGAUAUGGAAUGUGUUGUUUUUUGGGAGGGAGCCACCCACAGUAAGGAAAAAAAUAAAAACAUUGUUGAUGUGAAAUGCUAAAUUUGAACAACAAACUAAAUCCUACUCCUUUCCUCCCUCUUUUUCCUAUCUCAUUCCUCCUAUUUAACUCUCAUCUAUCUCUUCUCCUCCUCCCCUCUCCAUCUCCAGGCCCACUGUCACUAUGUGGUGGUGAAGCUGUUUGCAGCUAAGCUGGGGGAGAUAGGAGACACGGGGGUGCACUCUGUCCUCAGCACCCUGGCCCUGCUCUACGCCCUCCAGGGCAUCCAACAGCACAGCGGAGACUUCCUCCAGGUAACCACCACCAUGGCAACUGUCAAUCCCAGACUAUCUCCCAGGGGGGAAAACGGGACUACAUACAUACUCUAGUACUAUGUUAAUAUGUGAAUUUCAAUGCGACCAUAAAUGGGUCCCAUAUUAAGUCUAUAUUCAUUUUUAUAACGUCAUGUAUGAUGUUUAAAGCAAGACAUGGUUUUACACUCUCGUACUUGUAUCACUUAGAGUAAGAAGAUAAUCUUCCUUUUAUAACUUUCCAUAUUUGUUUGAUUUGAUCCUACAUAUAAAGGCUUUACCUCGUUUUGUCAUUACAUUUGAACCUAUUAUUGUCUAUUGAGAACACAUUCUCUUUAACAAUAACGACCUGACAAUAAUUCCUUCCUUACUCCAGACUGGUCUCCUGAGUGGGCCCCAGCUCUCCCAGGUGUCCCAGCGUCUGAAGGAGCUUCUGGCCCAGCUGAGGCCCAAUGCAGUGGCCCUGGUGGACGCCUUCGACUACCGCGACGAAAUGCUCAACUCCGUCCUGGGACGCUACGACGGCAACGUCUAUGAGCACAUGUUCGAGUGGGCCCGCCGCUCGCCUCUCAACAAGACAGAGGUCAGAGGGCCUUAAAAAAAGAGAGACUGAGAUUAAGAGAAUUAAUUUACAGUUAAUUUUAUGCUUUUUAAUUUUUUUUAUUAAGAACAUGAAUAGGCCAUUUGUGAACCAUUUUCAAGCAUCUGUUUCAGAUAAUGAAACGCCAAAUUGUCUCUGUGUUCAUUGCGUAGUUUGCCUACAUAAAGAUGGCUAUCUAAUGAAUGAUUUGCUGUAGUAGUAAGUAUUUUGCAGAGUAACCUUGUCCCCAGGCUAAUUGCUACCGACAAAGAGAGAGGGAGCCGGUGGGUGGAAGAGACUACCUGCAGAGUAUUCAAACUGACCCUCCUUCCCUCACCUCUCUCUCCUCUAGGUCCACGAAUCCUACCACAAGUACCUGAAACCCCUGCAGGCCAAGCUG